UUGCUCGGGCAAUAGUCGGUUGCCGUAAGCCAUAUCGAGAACACUCCUUGGAAAAAUUUACAAACAAAAAAUUCAGUACCUAUACUCAAGUCAUAUCCUUGAAGCCUUAACACCAAAUUGUAUAUUUCGAUUCUUUCUUUUGGUCUUUGAAAAAUUGUGUAAUUCCGAAUCAGUGAUUUUUUCGGUGAACCUUUUUUUUUUCAAUAAAAAGGAAAUAAAUUUUUGCCUUCAGGACUUUUGACCAAAAUGCAGUUUUUAAUGAGUUUUAGAGUAGUUUUAGUUUUGUUGGCCAUGGUCGUUGCUGGGAUGUGUGUUCCAACAUCUGUUUUGGCCAAAAAUACUGAACUAAAUAGCAAAGUAAAACGUUCAUCGAAUGAAAAAACACAAUCAUUAUCCCAAGCAGCCGGCAAUCGGGAGCACUACAAUGAAUAUACUACAAAUAAUAAAAUAUCAAAUAUGGAAAACCUAUCAGCGCCCACGUCAAACACUGCCACUUCUCUAAAUACCGCUCUAUCCGGCCCUAAUACUAAUAUCGAUGGCCACCAAGAACAACAACUUCAGAAUCAACAGCAGCAACAACAACAACAACAACAACAUCAUGCGUCAGCACCGAUACUUCAAAAACGCGGUGUUAACUCCCAAUUAUUGUACGGAGGGGCUGACUUGUAUAACAAUCCAAUUUCAUCGGCAGCCCUGGCUAAUGGCGGCGGUGGCGGAAGUGUUGGUGGCGUUUGGAGCGAUGAAAUUGACCCACCUCUAAUGUACUCCGAUUUGCAGGAGCUGCAGGAUGAAUAUCCUCGAGGUCAAUACCGAAGCAACAAUAAAGGAUACGAUAACCUUCAGAAUAUUCUUAAUUCAGAAGCAUAUUUGGAACCAUUUGCAAUGCCUCUUCAGUACUCGAGUCGUUAUUACGGAGACCGAAAGAAGCGUUCCAACAAUAAACUUAACAAGUAUGAUAUGCGUUUGAAACGUGAAUCAAAACUCACCCCUGCUGAUAUGUUAGCCUUGGUUGCUCUUGUCGAAGCUGGUGAACGUUCACGCAAGGAAUCUGAACCAGACACCUACACCAUUCCUGAAACAUAUUUCCCAUCAGCAAAAUCCUAUUAUCCCAACACCCAAAGCAUGAACAUGAACAACAACAACAACUAUGAAUACCAAAAUAAUGACGAUAACGACAUUAGCAGCCCGUGGGUUGAGCCAUCAAUUGUUGACUACUAUGGGGUUCCUUAUAACUUAGAUGCUAUGCCAAAGUAUGAAAUCGCUCGGGAACAUAAAUAUGGAAUUAAUCGCUAUCCAGCUAAGCGUUUUAUGGUUUCAAAAAAGAAAAGAUCUCUAGGUUCUGGUCGUUUUCUAGCUGAACCAAUGUCUGCUGUUAGUCUAACACCGGAACGCUAUGCCAAACUUUCAAAAUCUCAGAAAUAUUUUUAAAUA